UAUCAUUGCAGAAAAAUGCCAAACUCUGCUAUCAGAAAGUGUGCUCGUGUGCAGUUGAUUAAGAAUGGAAAAAAGAUUGCUGCUUUCGUGCCCAAUGAUGGUUGUUUGAACUUCAUUGAGGAAAAUGAUGAGGUGUUGAUUGCUGGAUUUGGUCGUAAAGGACAUGCUGUGGGAGAUAUUCCUGGAGUCCGAUUUAAGGUUGUCAAGGUUGCUGGUGUCUCUCUUCUAGCUCUGUUCAAGGAAAAGAAGGAAAAACCCAGGUCCUAGGUUAAGGUUGUUGGUUUUGUCUUAAAUUUUGCCUACUCAAAUGAAACUUGUACCGUCUUGAAAUGAAUACUGAGCAUCCUUAAAAAGAGACACCC